UGCUCGCUCGCUAGCUCUCGAUUGCGCGCGGUGCGCGUGAUGACCCAAUCGACCCAACAAACAUGGCGACUUACUGGUAUCCGAUGUCUGUGUAGUGUCAGUGACACCGGAUAGCUGGCCAUCAUGACAACUUCUUCUUCUGUUACACCAGAGAGCUUGCGCAAGAGACUGGGUCAGUUAACAGGUGCACAAGACAGUAUACAGUCUGUGUCAUAUUGGAUCAUUCAUCACAAGAAUCACUAUCGUCAGAUCCUGGAUUGUUGGUUUGAUAUUUACAAAGAUGCCAAAUCUCGCAUGAAGCUUACCCUCCUGUAUCUGGCCAACGAUGUGAUUCAGAACAGCAAGCGGAAGGGGACGACGGUCUUCGUAGAUGCCUUCAAGAAUGUUUUAGAAGAUGCUGCCAACCUCUGCCAAGAUGACUCGAUCAAAAAGAAUGUCUUACGACUUUUCAAGAUUUGGGGAGAGAGGAGCAUUUAUGAAACAGACUUCUGUGAUAAACUCAUUGCAGCUGUAGGAAAACAACAACCUGAGGCCAAGAAGCCACCGAAGCCAAAGGUUGAUGCCAAAUUCCUUGCUGAAUUUCAGCCUGAAGAAGUACCAGAUGUAAUAGACGAACUGACUGAAUUUCAAGAUGAGGUGGAACUGAAGUUCAAGCAGCUCUCUAAUCUAAACCUUGAUGUUACCAGUGUGGACACAAUAUCGCAACUGAAAGAUCGAGCUGGAGGGAAGCUGUUCUCCCAGCAGUUUGAGGAUGCGGCGGACCGUCUGGAGGAGUUUGUGGUUGCUUUGGAGAAGGAGGUCAAUCUGCGGAAGCAGCUGGUGGAUCUCCUGGAGAAGAGUGAGAUCUACUAUGAUGCUCAGAUGGGAGAAGCGAAGAUUGUUGCCAAUGCUUACAAGAAUUUUGGUACCCGAGUGACCAGCUUGAAGAAGAGAUUGGAUGACUACAAGAAGGUUCUACCUGAGAUUGACCUCAGCCCUUUACCAUCCCCUUCAUCAGAUGCUCCUUCCCCAGGUGCUACCCCUCCCCAGGAGCAAGAUGGUGUGAACAGGGAUUUGGAAGAUAUGGAACUCUCAGACACAGAUGACGGGGGAAGAAUUAUUGCUGCUGUUCCUGGCAAGUCAUCAAGAUCCAAGAAGACUGAGAAGAGACAACGUAAAAGUGCAUCUUCAAGGUCCAAGAAGAAGGCUGUAAGCGAUGGAUCUGGACAGAAAAUCUCCGUCAUUGCGAGCAGUCCUGUCUUUCCUAAUUCCACAACAUCUCAGGGGGAGAAGAUCCAUUCCAUCUCUCCGAACGUACCCGGCAAUUCUUCCUACGCAAGUCCCUUUGAUUUCCCUUCUUCGAGGCAAGAUGGUGCAUUGGUAACGACUGCAGGAGCCGCACCGGUGUACACUCCAAGCAUGACCACUGGUUUCACACCACAGGCGAGUGCAGCUUAUACUCCUGCAAGUUCAGCAGUGUAUGAUCCUACUGCUGCAGCUACGACGUACAGUCCUGCAACCUCUGCAGUGUAUAAUCCAACGGCGGUAACAACCACGUACAGUUCUACUGCCGCGCCUUAUACUCCUGUUGUGACAACCCCGUACAAUCCUGCAUCAUCUGUUGCCUAUUCUCCUGUUGCAGCAGUGACAAGUGCGUAUGUGCCUGUUGCUUCAUCUACUGUGCAGGCAUACUCUACAGAUGCAACAGCACCACCAGUUUAUACCCCAACUGCUCCAUCUGUUGCACAGUCUUAUACACCUACCGUUGCUGCACCAGUUGCAGGAUAUUCCUCAACUGUUUCUUCCGGAACCCAAGGUUAUGUACCACCUGUUCCUGCUACAGUAGCUCCGGUAUAUGCAGCUCCAGAUCCUGCACCUAGUCCUGCAUAUACACCAACAGGGCCGGCAGUGAAUCCUGCAUAUACCCCAACAGCCCCUGCAGCAACCCUUGCGUACACACCAACAGCUGCAGUUCCUGGUCAACCUGCAUACACCCCUAUUGCCUCAUCAGUAUCACCUGCAUAUACCCCAGUUGCAUCCACAGUAACUACAGCUUACGCGGUGACCACACCAUCAGUUACACCAUCCUAUCCAGCUCCUGUCUCUACGAUAUCAUCUGUCUACACACCAGAUCCUUAUAACCAGUCUGUACCAACAUCAACAGUGAGCUCUGUAGGAUACAACACUAAUGAUGCCACAGGUUACAAUUCAUCAACAGAAUCAGCAUACAAUCCUGUAAACGUCUCGUACAACCCACCAGCGCCUUCUGCAUACACUCCUCCAGUUGCGACCCCAGCACCUGCAUCAGCUCCAUCAUACACACCCCCAGUGGCAUCAACCUAUGAGCCAACACCUUCAACUACCUACACCCCUUCAUACAACCCUCCUCCUCAUGAAAGAAGCGCCCAACCGUCCUAUGGGCAGUCAUAUUCAAACACAUAUACAAGCAGUUCCGAAGAGGGUAAUGCCUAUGAUCCUUCACAGUCACAGUAUGAUUACAACAGUGCGCAAAAGCCUUUGCCAUCUAGAGACUUUGAUUAUCCAACCCAACAGGCCAGGGACUCUGAUGUCACACGUUCAGGAACACCCCUCAGGGAUGAACAGCUCUCACAAGGGGAAGGGCCCUUGUCAUCUGACCCAGCAGCAGUUAACUCAUACUAUCCUCCCCAAAUAUCAUCAGAGUACAGAAAUACUGUCCCUCAGCAGAACGUAGCACCUGUUGUUCCAGCCAAUCCAAUGCAGUUCCUGACAAAGUUGAUAAGUAGUCGCAACGUGCCUGCAAACUCAGAUAAACCCACAGACUUCUUGAGUACCCUGAGCAGUCUCUCAGGAGCACAGCGGAAUGUUGUAGAGCUUCAGCAAAGAGAAUCUCCACCGCCACCUCCUCCUCCUCCUGUCCGUAAACUCCCUCCCAAACUGUUAGACGAUGAAAAGACAAGUGGAAAACGUGUAACUUCUACAAAUGCUUUCAGCAAAAGUAGGGAGUCUGAGAAAGCAGACAGACAGGAAGAGGUAGAAGAAGAAGAGGAAGAUGAUCAAGAAUACCUGACUCCGGAAGAAAAAUCUAAACUUGACAAAGCCAAUAAAUCUUUUGGUAUUGGUCAACUGAUGUUACAGUUAGCUGACAAAGGAAACGAAGAAGAAGAAGAGAAAGAGGUGGAGGAGGAGAAGGAGGAAGAGGACAUGCCUAUAGAAGAGGAUUUUGAUUUUCCCUUAUCAAAGGACAAAGAUGAAAGAUUUCCUGAAACAACUCCUGAGGAAGAAACCAGGCAUGGUUCUGGUGACUAUGCUAAGCCACCUCCUGCACCACAAUUCUUGAUAAAGCCAAGGAAUACUCCUGUAGGUUCAUGGAUACCUCAACAUGCUACACCUAAAAAGCCUGAGGUUCUUGGUAAACCAGUAAUACCCUUGUCUGUAUCACCUCCACCACCACCACCUCCACCACCACCUUCAUCAGCAGCACAACCCUUGCCAGCUGUGCCAUCAGGUCCUGCAGUUCCGCUUGCUGCAAUGCUGCUACCUCCACCACCCCCUGUGACUGAAGAUCCACCACCACCACCUCCUCCACGUCCAGCACAGGCACUGACACGGACACCAACAGCACUUGCUGGGCAAGCUCCAACAAUACUGAAACCUGUGGUCAAUGUUCCGGCAGUACAACCUCAAGGAAUUGCUGAAAAGACUGAUCAUAGGCCAAAUCUACAACCACAACCACAAUCACAAGCUACCAAUCAUACUAGUGUCCAAAGACAAAUCUCUUCAGGACAACCUAUUACAGUUGUUCGUCAGCUUUCAGAUCCUUCUCCAAGUCCUCCUGCCCAGCCAAUAAGAUCAAUCAUACAUGAUCGCACUUCGGAUGUUCAAAGAAUAUCUGUGGUGGGUAAUACGCGGAAUCAAGACUACGAUGAGCCAAGACCUGUACCCGUACUCGGACAGUCACUCAGGAUACGGGGACCCAUUCCAGGACCUCCACCUGGACCACCUCCACCAACUGCUAGACAAUUGUCAGGAUCAGGCAUUAGAGCUCCAGGACCUCCACCUGGCCCGCCACCAGUCAGUGCAAAGAGAAUGUCGAAUACGGAAUCUGCGCCUACUGGUACUGCACCUGAUGAGCAGCAGGAUACUCCUCAGAGCCCUGAACCUUCCAAGAGUUUGGAUUCAAUGACAAUUAGUUCCAUACCUAGUUUAGUUUCGCCCACAAUGCUUAACCCGCUAAAGCGGGUGAACCCUACCCCAGAGGCCUCAUCACCAUAUCCUGAAAUUACUGAAGCAAAGCCUCUUAGAUCUAUUCUUAAACGAUCCAAACCUACUUCUCAACCUGAAUCAUCUCCUGUAGAUGUGGAUUACCGUAAAGAUUCACAAAUACCCGUAUUGGGUGCACAGCCUCGUUCACUUUCACAGGACUAUUCCACAGAUUCACCUAUUCGGGUUCUAGGUUCCAAGCCACCCAUUCCCCAAUUAUUUCCUCAAAGCGAUGACUUUGAGUCAUCGGACUCUAAAAUAUCUGUGGUGGGUGCUGCAGGCCAGCCAGGAAACAUAAGCCCAAGAUAUUCUCAAAGACCUCCUUUCCCUCGAGGAGGACCAAGAUCACCAGAACAUAGAGUGCCAGGACCCAACAGGUACAACAGAAGCCCAAGUCAUGAUCAGAAUUACUCUGAGAGGCCCGUUAUCCAGAGGGACUAUGGACAUGGUAAACGGCAACAAGAAGACUAUGACCAUAGACAGCCUGCUGGCGACCAGGUAAUGACCAUCCAGACACUGGGAAGUGAUCGUCCUGCCUUUCAGGAUAAAUACCAUCGUGGUCCUUCAGAACAGAGACAUCGGUAUGAGCCUGAACCUAGACACUUUGAUCGUCAGUAUCGCCCUGAGAUGAGACCAAGGGGAUAUGGUCCAAGACCUCAUGGGCAGUUCAGACCAAGUUUCAGGGGUAGGUCCCCGCAGUUUCGUCCAAGACAGUCAUUCUAUUAUUAAUGUUUAUUGUUUUAUAUCUGCACAUGUUCCUUUUUUAUAUCAAUCAUGUACAACAACAGUGUACACUUAUAUGUUUAGCCUCUGUACAUGGACAAACAUGUAUGUUUGAUCAAAUUUUCUUUUUUGAAAAUAAUUUACUUUUGAAACACUUCAGUCAUCUGCACAUGUCUGUUAUAAAAGGUGCUGCAAGGAAAUAUUUGCUAUCAAUGGCAAAUACAUGUAUCAACAAUUUCAAUUGACAGAUCCCUCAAAACUGGUAAUGGGCGAUUCCAUACGUGUCGUACGGGACAUUUUGACAACAAUUUAUAGUUUCCUAGCCGAAUGCUUUGGCAAUGAAAUAUUCUGUUUUGUCAAUGAUAAAGCUAGAGUGGGUAGUCAUGUGAAAAACUAAUAGCCAACACAAAAACAUUAAAUGAUUAUGGUUAAAUUAUAGGUGAAAAUGUUGUGUGUCGUACGGGACACAGAAGUGUCUCGUACGACACGCAACAUUUUAAGCUCUAAUUCACCUAUGGACAACAUAUUUUUGUUGGUUGUCAGUAUUUUGCAUGUCUACCUAGUACUACUUUGAUAUUACCACAAAGCAAAUUGAAGUUCUUUGUUUGUUUGGACAGCAGGUUGAAAAAAUGUUUUGAAAAAUGGCUUAUUUUUCUAGCAUGGAAUCUCCCUUACCAGCUUUCUGUUUUCAUCUUGCAAGUUACAGGCCCAAUAAAUCACAAUUUUUCAAUCAAUUGCAUAACUUGUGAUAGGCUCUUAAAAUUGGUUGCAAAUUUCUUGCAAUACCUCUUACGGCCACUGCACAGCGUACGACUGGUUCAUGAUCCGAUUUUGGAACAAAUUGCAUCUUGCUCAUUUUCUGAAAAUUUGAAUAAUAAGUAUCUCUUUAUUUGAGGUUCAAAUUAAGGGAAAGAAUGCUAAUUUAACAAUUUUGGAUGAUUGCAAGCUUUCAAUUUGGAUUACAGACCAAAUUAGUUUCAAGUCAUAGUCAAUUGUAUGAUUGCUAUGAAGUCAUUAUGACUAGGUAUUAAUUUUUCUUUUAUUCUAAUAAGGAUAAUAGCAUAGUCGCAGAUUUGAACAUAGGUAUUCAUACAACGAUUUAGAACAUUACGCAGUAAGAUACUUAAUGUCUCAAUAUUAGCAUGAAAUUUUACUUCGUUUUCUUCCAAAAUCGGGUCACAGACCAAUUAUAAGGUGUGCAAUGGCCCUUAGACAUACAACCUUUGGCGUAAAUCAUGAUGAGUUUAAUAUUUUAGUUUAAUUUUAAGUGCAAUUUUUUAAGUUUAGUGUUGCUGUUGGUAUCUUCACUUUAUGUAGAUGCUCAAAAUGCCUAGAAAUGAUUCCUUACACAAGACCUAAUUCUUUAUCCUAUCAUCAUGAAGAGGUCAUUGUUAUUUGUUCAUUGGUUUGGUUUUGAAAUAUAUUAGUAUAUUUCCACUCUCUUUUGCUUCUGUUUGCACAUGCCUCCCUUGCAUGUUUUUUUACCGAUUGUUCAAAAAGUUUGACAACUCCUUGUGUAAGAUACAUGUAGGAUUCAAAACCACAGGGAUCUGUUAUAUUCCAAACGGGAAUGUGUAGAAAUUUGCCAACAAAAAAUUAGUUUUGAAUUUGCCCAUUGCACUUUUAUUAUGAUCAGAUAUUUGAAUGGAGAUCAUAGAGCUGAUUUAUUGCUAUGGAAUGUAAAUGUGUUUGAUUUGCAAGUAACAUGUGUCAAGAAGGCAAAGCUAAUAUUGAUUGAUAUUGUUCUGAAUUUAGAUUACAUUUUUUCAAUUUUAGAAAAGAAAAGAGAGUUAAGGUACAGUUAUUUUUUUGCUUCAGGUAGUUUCCAAGAGCACAUGAUGAUAUUGAGGGCCUCGACUGCUAAUUCUGUGAAUUAUGUAAAUAAUUAUUUUUAUAUCAUGGGUGACUCUCAAGUGUCUGGAGCAUUGUUUAUGUAUAACAAGACUUAAUUCAGCAACAUUUUUUCAGUGUUAAUAAAUGAUGAGACAAAUUGUCCACUUCUGCGAAUAAGUAAGCACUUUAUCCCUCAAGUCCAAGAGCUGUCCAAAGUACAUGCAAAAACUGGUGACAUCAUUAUUUGAUCUCAUGUCAUGAUUCAUGUUAUAUGAUGCCAUAAUGAUGUCAUGAGUUUGUUAAACUUUGGCUACUGAUAUGUUUAUUUAUUGAUUAUAAACCCAAAUGGCUCUUCUAUUCACUUUGUUUCUUAAAAUUAGCUCAAAAGAUAAUAACGGGAAAUAUAUUAAGCAGAAAAGUGGAAUCAGUUAGAUGAAAGAUUCGGAAAUGUCUUGGGUGUUUUAGAAUGAUGCAAAUUUUUGUGUUAUCUCAAGUUAUUAUUCAAAUAAUAAUUUGGUAAAACUAUUGAAUGGAGAUAAUCAACAUCUUAAGGGUACUAUAUUAGGCAAUUUUAAGGUUCAAAUAUUAUUGUUCAGUACACUACACACUUCAUUAAUUGGAGCUUAUGGUACAUGCAUGUAUGAUAUUUAUAACCUAAAGGUGUAUUAGACUCGAGGGUAUGAUAUCUUGUUAGAUUUUAGAGAUACCAACCCCUACAAUGAAUGCAUUUUAAACAGAAGAAACUCAAAUGAGAUCAGUGGAGGUUGAGUUUUAAUGGACAAGUAUUACAUAUAGAAAAGGUAUGCAUAAAACCCUGAAGACACUAAAUAUAGAAAACUUUAUCUGAAAUUGUAUUGUUUUGUUUUAUAAGAUGAUGAGGAGGGUCCUGAUGUAAAAUGAUCUUUAUCUACCCAUCUUCAGGAAAUAAGAAAAAUGGUGUUUUAGGCAGAACAAAUGCUUGCUCACAUGUAUGUCCUCAACUAAUCAUUUUUUGGACAUGAUGCCCUUCACAUAAACCUGUUUAUUUACCCCGCCCCCUCUUCGACAUUCAGAAAGUGCUAAAAGAAUGUUUAAGCUAAUGUCUUUAUCUUAAAGCCCAGCGCACGCUACAUGAUCCGACUUAAAAACAAUUUUUUUUAAUUUGCAUCAAAUAAUUCAAGGAAGUAGCUAUUUUAUUUGAAGUUCAGCAAAAUGCUUGGAAUACUGAAAUCAGAAUUCUACUCUGCUUUCAAGCCUUCCAGUCAAAAGGAAUUCCGAAUUGGCUUCAAGUCACAGCUGAUGAUGAUGUCAUUACGAUUUGGAAUCAAAUUGCUUUUAUUCCUACAUGGAGGCUUGAAAUAGACUAAUUUUUGUUUUGGGAGUCGGACCACUAAUUGAAAAUUUUUAUCAUUAAGAUUGUCUAGGUUGGAAUGUUCAUAUCAAAUGCUAUGACAUGUACUAUGUCUUUGAAAAUCGGAUCACAGCGUAUUGUGCACCGGGCUUCAAACACCUCAUAAGAUUGUAUCAGUCAUACAUGUAUUUUGUAUAUAUUGCUAGCUACAAACAGAUGCAUUGUUUCACACUUAUCCUUUUUCCAACAAUAACACUUGUUGAAUUG